AUGAAGCCCGGGCCCGAUUUUCCGAAAUCGGGCCCAGACAGCUUGGGGAGGACCACCGGCCCUUUCCCAACCUGCUGGUGCUGCUGGUGCAUCUUCUUGUUCUUCUUGCCGGCGGGGGCUGAGGUGUCGUUGCCGGCGGAGCUCUUGACCUCCUCCGUGGUAGAGCUUGAGGCUGAUCUCGCCGCGGACGUGGGAGAAGAGGCUGCGCUUGUCGAGGGUGUAGAGCUGGGCGACCUCCUCGCCCUGGCGGGCGGCGGCGGCGCCGGAGAUGCGGACCUUGCCGAGAAAAUUGCGACUGUUGUUGGAGCGGCGCUCGUUGAAGACGUUGACCUCGAGGGUGCGGUAGGGGAGGUCGGCGGCAUCAGCGAGGUGGAAGACGAGCUUCUCAUUCCAGACGGGGUUGAGGUCACGGUGCUUCACCUGGGUCCUCUGCCGCUGGUUCUCGAACUCAACCUCCACGAACGCCGACGACGACCCCUCGCCGUCCUUCGGCAUCAGGUUGUGCGCCGCCACCACCUCCACCACCAGCUUCUCUUUACCGCCGUUGUGCAUGUAAAAAAGCAAGCAAGAAACACAGCAGCUGAUGAGUUGCCUUUGUGUGGGUUGGCGGUUGUGCCCAAUCGCUAUGGUGAGAAUUAUAAUCAAAUCGAGGGUAUUUAA